AAACCAGUGCUUCGCCGGCGCUCCUGAUGGUCCACAUCGAUCUCCCUUAGUUCUACCAUAUUGCGCUGCUUUAAUUCACCCCGAUUUCCUGUAAUUUGAUUCUUCAUCUUUCUAUCUUUCGAAACACAUAGCCAAGUUUGCUUCUUCCUAGCCUCUUCACAACCCAAUUGCUCGUUGUUCGUGCACGUUGAAAGUUCUUAUAUACCCCUAGCUCGGCUCACCUAAGUGGCUAACCUGCCCUUAAUUCCGUUUUGCGGCUCCCGUCACCGGACAAUAACAACAAUUCCAACUGAAUCACCAUCUUUUCUCACAACAAUAAAAAAAAAAGGUCAGGUCUUUGACCAUGUUAACCUACGACAACCCCGUUGCGGUGAAUGGAAAUCAUUCAUCUGCAGCUAGCAUGGCUGCGACGAUGAAUACCAUGGCAUCGAACCCGAAGCCGAUCAAUGCUACGGUUGUACCGGCAACGUCCAGUAACUCUAUCACGAGGGUCAACGGUCAUCCAGCGCCUAAGUACCACCACAUUUGGCUAGUGACUGGCCCCGCCGGUUGCGGAAAGAGCACCGUUGCUAAGCACUUAUCAACGGCUUUAAACUUACCUUACAUUGAGGGCGACGAGUUUCAUCCGAAAGCAAACAUUGAGAAGAUGGGCAAUGGCAUACCUUUGACAGACGCCGAUCGGUGGGACUGGCUUACGAUUUUACGAGAGGAGUCGCUCAGACAACUUGCGUCCGGCGCCGAAGGGGUCGUGCUCACAUGCUCGGCUCUCAAGCGUAAGUACCGAGACGUUAUUAGGGUGGCUCCUUACUAUUCGCACGACGUUGUACUUCAUUUCAUCUACCUCCACGCCCCGGAAGAUGUCCUUCUUGAGCGUGUUGGGUUAAGACAGGGCCACUACAUGGGGGCCAAUAUGGUUCACAGCCAGUUCUCGAUCCUGGAACCGCCAACAGCAGAAGAAACGGACGUGAUCAGUCUCGAUGUCAGCGGACCAAUAGACGUCGUUCUCAGAGAAGCCCUGGACGAGGUUCUCAAAAAGAUCGACGAAACUGCAUCGAGCUAGCAUGAAGCCAGCAUGGCAAGGGAUAACACGACACGAGAAGAGAUAUGGACCAGUAGGCGCAAUAACAAACGGGAGAGAUAUCACAGGGAUUAGCGUUAUUUCUUCACAUGAGUUCAGGAGUUGGUCUUGUCAUUCACUUUGGCGCAAGCAUAGAAACGUUGG